AUGUAUAUAUUAGACGAUCAUAUUGUGUGUGCCGUUGCUGGUAUUGACUCUGAUGCCAGUAUUCUUGUUAAUAGAGCUCGUGUAUUCGCACAGAGCUAUCUGAAGACAUAUUCCGAAGAGAUUCCCUGUGAAAUUCUUGUCAAGAGGCUUUGUGAUAUCAAACAAGGAUAUACUCAAUAUGGAGGUUUAAGACCAUUUGGUGUGAGUUUUGUGUUUGCCGGUUAUGAUGAUCUUCAUGGCUUCCAACUCUACACGUCAAACCCUUCAGGUAAUUACAGCGGAUGGAAGGCCACUAGUGUCGGUGCAAAUGGAGCAUCUGCUCAAACUCUAUUAAAGCAGGAAUAUAAGGAAGAUUUCAGCUUAGAUCAAGCAUGUGAGCUAGCAAUGAAAGUUCUUAGCAAGACUAUGGACAGUGCUACUCUUACUAGCGAAAAAUUGGAGUUUUCGACUGUGGGCAAAGACUCCGCCAGUGGAAAGGUAUAUCAGAAGAUCUGGAAACCUGCUGAUAUCGAUGCUCUGCUCAAAGCUACUGGUUUAGGUAAAGCCGAAGAAGAUGAUUAG